GUUCCAUCAGGUCCCGAAGAGGCGGAGACGUUCCAGAUCGAGAUGAGCGGCCUGCUCGGCGAACUGCGUUGCCCGUACCCCUCGCUGACGACGGGGGACGUGACCAGCAGGCUCCACACACCGGAGAACUGCCUCCAGCUUCUCUAUUUCUUGAGCUCUGAGCUCCUGGCAGCCCGGCUCCAAGCCCGCAAGAGCCCCCCUUCGCCAGAACGGAAGAAUCGAUCCCAGGAAGCCGUGCGCGAGCUGCAGGGGAUCUGCCGGGCCUUGGGGAUGCCGGAAGCGGAUCCGAGCUGCCCCGUUCCGCAGCUCAUGGCCGACAUAGAAGCCAAGAUUUCGGGGUUGCUCUCCACUAUGCCUCCGGAGCAGAUGACACCUCUCCUGAAAACGCCGCUGACUUCUGAGGAAUGGAAAACGUUAGAGAAGAUCCACGGAGCGUUGCGGACGGAGUACCAGUGCCGCAGAUGCAUGAUAAUCACGCGCUUCGACGUCACAAUUGAGUCGUUCCACUGGUCCGAGAGAGCAAAGGAUCGCGGCGCGGCCAUGUCGAAGGCCUUCCGACCCCUGCGGCAGUCCUUGCAGAGGGAGUCUCAGAUCAGCCUCGCACAUCUGCUGGCAGCCAGAGACGACCUCUCGUGCAUCACCAAGACCAGCAGCGGGGCCUCCCGGGACAAGACCAGUUGCGCCAUCAACAAGGUGCUGAUGACCGGCAGCGUCCCGGACCGGGGUGGGCGUCCAAACGAGAUCGAGCCCCCUAUGCCCGUAUGGGAGAAAAGGCGAGAGGGGGGAGGAGAUGGCGGCGGCCACCAGCGCUGGGGCAAAAGGGGGAAGAAGAAGAAAAAAUAAAAACUGGGAUUGUAAGCCCUCUUCCAA